UCUGUGAAGACGAACGAGGUUAGAACCAGGUUAAUCCCAGGCCUCCCUGCUGCUGGGGAGCGUGCUGGGGCCUGCGUGGCUUGCAGGGGGCUGAGUCGGAGGCUAAUGAGCAGGUGAGGCCACAGCACAGACACAGGCUGAGCUCAGCGUCUGCUCUCUGUGGAAAUGGCUGAGCCCGGGUCUCAGGGCCACACUGCGGGAUCCUUGCUGCUGCUACUGCUGCUGCUGCUGCUGCCACCCCAGGGCCUGCCGGAGGGGCCCCUGCUAUUUGUGGCUCUGGUGUUCCGACAUGGCGAUCGGGCGCCACUGGCCUCCUAUCCUACAGAUCCGCACAAGGAAGCUGCCUCCACCUUGUGGCCUCGAGGCCUGGGCCAGCUGACAAAGGAGGGGAUCCGACAGCAGCUGGAGCUGGGCCGAUUUCUGAGGAGGCGUUACAAGGCCUUCCUGAGCCCGGAGUACCGGCGUGAGGAGGUGUACAUCCGCAGCACAGACUUUGACCGGACCCUGGAGAGUGCACAGGCCAAUCUGGCUGGGCUGUUCCCCGAGGCUGCCCCUGGAAGUCCUGAGGCUGACUGGAAGCCCAUUCCAGUGCACACAGUGCCUGUGUCUGAGGACAAGUUGCUGAGGUUCCCCAUGCGCAGCUGUCCUCGAUACCAUGAGCUGCUGCGGGAGUCCACAGAGGCGGCUGACUACCAGGAGGCCCUGGAGGGCUGGACGGACUUCUUGACCCGCCUGGGCAACUUCACUGGACUGUCCCUGGUUGGAGAGCCACUCCGCAGGGCAUGGAAAGUUUUGGAUACCCUGAUCUGCCAGCGUGCCCAUGGUCUCACCCUUCCAUCCUGGGCCUCCCCAGAUGUCCUGAGGACCCUGUCACAGAUUUCAGCUUUGGAUAUCAGGGCACACGUAGGCCCACCCCGAGCAGCAGAAAAGGCCCAGCUGACAGGGGGGAUUCUGCUAGAUGCCAUCCUCAGCAAUUUCUCACGGGCCCAGCGCCUGGGGCUGCCUCUCAAGAUGGUCAUGUACUCAGCUCACGACAGCACCCUGCUGGCCCUCCAGGGAGCCCUGGGCCUCUACGACGGGAACACCCCACCUUAUGCUGCCUGCAUGGCCUUUGAAUUCCGAGGGAGCUCCAGGGAACCUGAGGAGGAAGAUGGAGAGAAUGUCACCAUCUCUCUCAUCUACCGCAAUGACACCUCCCGCCCGCCCCUGCCACUCAGGGUCCCUGGGUGCCCAGCUCCUUGUCCACUUGGGCGCUUCCAGCAGCUGACUGCUCCAGCCCGGCCUCCAGCUCAUGGGGCCCCCUGCCACGGCUCCUAUGAUCCUGCCAGCCCCCCAGCCACGGUGCCCCUGCUGGCCGGAGCUGUGGCUGUGCUGGCCGUGCUGAGCCUGGGGCUUGGCCUGUUGGCCUGGAGGCCCAGCUGCCUGAGGGCCCUGGGAGGGGCCGUGUAA